AGUACCGAGAACCAAAGCGAAACCAAUCGAAACCACGUAGAAGAUGUUCAAGCUAUCGAUGCUCCUGGGCCUGGCCCUCGUCCUGGCCCCUUCAGUGAUCGAGGCCAAGUCCCUGUGCCGCCAGAGCGGCUACUUCACCCUAGUGGAUAACACGCCCGACUUCUACGCCUGCCAGUCCACCGGACUCGGUGGCUUCUCCAUGCGCUUCCUGCGCUGCCCCGCCGGCCUGGUCUUCAGCUCCUCCUCGGCGCAGUGCGUCGCCACCUCCCGGAUUGAGGCUCGCGACGAUAGCAACAUCGAGAACCCCACCAUUCCGCCCGAACCAGUCCCCGAUGCAGUCUCCACGGAGGCUCCUGUGACCACGGAAGAACCAGCUACUGAGGCUCCUGUGACCACGGAGAAACCGGCUACCGAUGAUCCUGCGACCACGGAAAAACCAGCUACUGAUGCUCCUGCAACCACAGAGGCUCCCACAACCACCGAGCAACCAGCCACUGAGGAUCCUGUGACCACGGAGAAACCUGCCACCGAUGAUCCUGUGACCACGGAGAAACCUGCCACCGAUGAUCCUGUGACCACGGAGAAACCAGCAACCGAUGCUCCAGUAACCAAUGAGCCCGUAACUAAUGAACCCGUGACCGAUGAACCCGUGACCGAUGAGCCCGUGACCGAUGAACCCGUGACCGAUGAAACCGAUGAACCCGUAACCGAUGACCGCACCACCGAGGAGCCCGUAACCGAUCCCACCGACGUGACCAAAACCACCGACGACGACUCGGCAACCACGAAGGAAGACCAGAACUGCGCCACCACCGGGUUCUUCCCGAUGGACGGUAGCUGCACGCACUUCAUCGUCUGCAGCUACGGCGAUGGCGACGAGGUCAACUCGUACCCCUUCAAGUGUCCGGGAGACAUGCAGUUCGAUCCCUUCAAUAGCAUCUGCUCGUCGAAGUACGACUGCACCGCCUAAGAAAAGGGAUAUUUCUGGCGAGGAUCGCGUGGCUAAAAAAGGGGAUGCGAGGCAAUAAAACCAGUCACUUGCGUUUACCCAACCUACAGCCUUUAUUUACUUCAUAGCUUCUGGUGUUUUUUUUCUUUGUGAUUACUUUUUUUUUUUUCUGAAGUGAAUAAAUUCUAGUUUAAUUAUUAUUAAUUUAUUGGAAAUCUAUCUAACAUCUUGAUGGCUUGUCAAGUGGUUCCGUAUGACGGCAAUUUUAAUUUCAAUUUCAUUCGCAUUAUCCAUCAAGGCGAUAAGAAGGGAGUCCCACUAUCUUAUCGCCUGUCAUUAAAAGU